GGCACCAGAACGACACGGAGAACCACCGCAGGUACAGAAUGAUGGAAGACACCGGGGAGCUGCUGCCAGCUCAUCUGGAGGAAAGAGCGAGAACGGAAUUGAACGAGACGUCCCAACGGCGAGCUGAGGCCCUCGAGGAACUGCGUGCUUUGGUCGACGGCGAAGCGACGGUGCUGAAAUCAAGAACAGAUCCACUGUUCCUACUCCGCUUUCUGAGGGCCAGAAAAUUCAACACACCCGCUGCGUUCCAGUUGCUUCGCAACUACUACAGAAUGCGGUUUGAAAAUCCCGACCUGUACCAGAAUCUGUACCCUUCAAGUGCCAAGGAAGUGUUCGACCUACAGUGCCUCGGUUUCCUCGAGGACACCGAUCCGGAAGGACGCAAAGUGUUUUUCCUGCGGAUGGGCAAGUGGAGCCCCGACGCCUGUUCCCUCGAAGCCAUGUACAAGCCGUGCACGCUCGCCUGGGAGCACGUGCUCGAGGAGCCGGCGACGCAGGUGAACGGCAUCGUGGCGCUGGUCGACCUCGAGGGCGGCUCGCUCAGACACGUCGGCUCCAUGUCGCCCGAGCAUGCCUUCAAGAUUGUCUACUGCGUCCAGGAAUGCUACCCCAUGCGUCUGAAAGCGAUCCACGUCGUCAACCAGCCUUUGUUCUUUACAAUUCUAUUGAGAUUCCUGAAGCCAUUUGUCAAGAAUAAGUUCUUCCAGCGACUUCACCUGCACGGAAGGAACUACGCCAGCUUGCACGAGUACCUGCCUCGCGAAAUCCUGCCCCGCGAGUACGACGGACUUCGGAAGCCCCUCGACAACUCGGAGUUCGUCGACGCCCUGCUGCGGAACGAGGAAGCCUUCAGGUUGCACGAGACGUUCGGUUACCGGCAUCGACCACAGCAGCCCUCUUCAGCCGUGUCCGAGCGGGCGUCCGCGGUGGACAGCGGCGGAUGCUUUCCUCCGCGCAACGCCCGCGUCCAGCUGGCGCAGAAGCUGUGGCGCUGCUUCGCCCACUCGCCCUUGCUUCCGGACGACGUGUCUGAAGGAUCGGUGCACGCCAAGACGCUGCACAAGUACCUGAAAAAGAUGGAAGAGUCCAGUGCGUGUAAGCACAUAAAAAACAAACAAACAAACAAACAAAUAAAGCAAAUGGCGCAUGCUACAGGAGGCAGCACUGAUGUCAGCUGUGUGAACGAAGCCGACGAUGCAAAGCGAAGCACUGAAGCAAAAGAAGGAAGAAGCAACAGCUGUCGCUACCAAAAUGAACAGGAAAAGGAAUCGUUACAUCGGGGAACAGCUGUAGGGAACUCGGGGAAGGCCAUGACGAACACUGACUCUGUGGCGUCGCGAAAGGGAGCAGCAUCGCCGCCCGGCCUCGGACAUGUCGCCAAAGUCGAACUCGGCGAGACGGCCGAGGUCAAGGUUCGCUGCCUGUCGCGUUUGAGAGAGCUCAUCGCCGGGGACAAGCCACUACUUUGUCCAACGGACGACAAAUUUUUGGUCAAGUUUCUGCGGGCCCGCAAGUACAGCGAGGAAGCGGCUUUCAAGAAUAUCCAGAAGUACUUCCGCGUUAAGCAAACGUCGGGAGACUUCUUCAAGAACCUCUCUCCGUACACGGUGCCUCUCGGCGCAGUGUUGCCCGACCAUAGGCUCAUGAUGGUGUCCAAGAGGAAGGACCCCGAGGGAAGAAGAGUGGCCGUUAUAAAGCUUGGUUCAUGGAACACCGGCGUGUGCUCGGUAACCGACCUCAUGAGGUCAGCGCUGGUGAUGGCAGAGUGGGCACUGCUGGACGAAGAGACGCAGGUUCGGGGAGUCGUGUGUGUUUUCGACCUCAAGAAUCUGCGCAUAAUGCACAUGGCCCAUUUCACGCCGGGAUUCGUCAAGAAGACGGCUCACAUUAUGCAGGAUUGUUACCCGGUACGCAUUAAAGCAAUCUACGUGAUCAAUAAUCCCCCUGCAUACGAAAUUGUCUUCGCUGCUGUCAAACCUUUCCUGAAGUCGAAGCUUCUACAACGGAUCUACUUUAUGGGCGGAGACCUGCAAAAGCUUCACGGUGUACUUCCAGCUGACGUGAUACCCGUGGAAUAUGGUGGCACGCACGAAGACUUCGACUACUACAGGCUAGAAAAGGACGUGAAGAGCUCUAACAGCUACUUCGAGCACAUCAGCCGAUUCGGUUAUCGCACAGAAAGCCUGAAGUAGCCAUUGAACUAAGUCAGAAGCAAUACGAGUUGUUUGUUAUGAAGGCAUCACGUUCCUUGUGGUCAAAGCUCUUUAAAAUGAGUUUGCUUAGCUUAAUAUCUCUAGUAGCGUAAGUGACAUUAGCUCGCGUUAUACGGGGUGAUAAUUUUUAAGUUUUCCGGAAUCUUCAAAUCUUGCCUGUCACAGAUGACACAAUUCUAGUAUUUGCAUUGCAUUAUUCCGAGAGGCGGACAUUAAUUGCGCGAGAAAUCGAAACACAUAUUCAACUAAUUAGAAAAAUUCACUAAUCAACUUCUUAAAUUACUUUACGGACGUGUUACUAUUUACUAAUUCUGGCGGGUGAGUUUGCAAGGCGUAUUCACUCGGAAUGAAUUUACAGAAUGACACCAGUUUAGAGAUACGUCCCAUCAAACUCGCCAUAGAAAUGCACCGUUGUUCCACUUACAUUUUUAACAAAACGGUCUUUUGUGCAUUGAAAUGCGAAAGUAACUGGAACGCCCACGUAUUUCGUCUGACACUUCGAAGCUGGUGUCAACCUGGUGAUUCAUUUCGGCUGAAUAAUUUUAGCAACCUGACCGGCUACAAUUCAUAAAUUGCGAUAUGUUCGGUGAAGUAGAUAAGUACGUAGUUAGUGAAUUUUCGUUAAUGAGUUGAACGUGUGUUUCCAUUUCUCCUGCUAGUAAUGUGCGCCUCUUCGCACAAUCCAGCUCAAGGAUAAGAAUUAUGUUACCUACCGCAGGCCAUUUUUGAAAAUAGCCGGAAUAUUAAAAAUCGUCACCUCGCACGUGGAUUGCAAUAGAGCGACCAUUUUUUGUGCAAUGCGCAAUGAAGGCUUGUCCUUGCUGUGUCCUUUUCAUUUGCUUAUUUGCCAAUGCUUUCCUAUGCAAAACCAAAAUGAAAUAUUUCAAUUUUCUUCCUUUAUAGGCUUUGUGCAUACCUGCGAAAAAUGGUAGUGCUACUUGUUGCGCCGACUGCAGUAGCCAACUUUCUGUCUAUGCCGACUGUAACUGUAGUGUUCUAUAGACAUAAUAAUACAUCACAGUAUUUGUUACGUUUUGCGCCAGGCGUGUCGAAAGGAGCAGACAAGUUCCGGGUGAACGACGUUUAUUAACCCAUGCUUAUGGGUUGAGGCUCGGCAAGAAAGAGAGGGCCGCUAGCAAGGGGCACUCUGCUUUUAACACUUAGUGGCGCAUACGCACUUCGCAGAGUGCUCUUAUCAGCAUGAGCGCCAGCCGACACAUCAGUAUUCAUACGUGGUUGUAAGGCAUUGGCAUAUAUAUCCCCCACAGCAGGGGCGUAGCCGGGGGGGGGGAAGGUGGGGCUUAUGGGGCUUAGGCCAUCCCCCCUCUUCCCCCCCGGUAAUAUUUUCGUGCUGUCCCGCACCACCGAUCCAAACAGCCCUCGGCGCCGGAAAUCAUUCUGAAUUUUGUCUAAGAUGUCUUUUUCCUGCUCGAAAAGACAUUUCAGCGCGAACAGUGUGAACUCGGGCUGGAUUUUGUGGCAAUGGCCAUGCACCUGGAGUCACAUAACGCAAGGAGGCCCAUCCGAGCACAAAGCUUCAAGGGCGCUUUGAUGGCGAGCGGGCUCGUCGCGGCCUCUCGUGAAGGCCUCGGAAUCUACAGAGCGCAUGAAUUUCAAUUCCGAAAUUUUAUGGGUAUCAAGUUCUCAUAAACGUUUGAUGCGAAAGGUACAUUGAAAUUUCCAAAGUCGUGCUUUAGAUCUUUAAUUCCAGAACUUUGUGCGUUUAAUGUUGUCAUAAACAUUUGACGUCAAAGGCGCGUUGACUUUUCUAAAGUCUUACAUCGGAACAUACAACGAGACAACCGAAAUGACGACACUAUCAGAGAUGUUCACAAAGCACGCGGCGAGGUCCCAUGAAACGAAGCGUUGUGGUGAUUCAUUUGUGGCAUCAUGUCACAGAAAAGAAUGUGAAUUUUUUUUUCUCACCUGCGCCAGAGCAUCCAAGUCAGACACUAAAGCCAGCAAAGGUCUCUACGUUUCUAUUUUUUUGUACUUUGAAUUUUAUUCGCGAAAAAACAUUGAGCCUCUUCAAUUUUCUUGGUCUCGCUACCCGCGGGCUGCAGAGCAAGCUAGAGCGCAUGCGUUUUUCUUGUGUUGCCCCGACCACCGCGCGGCGCAUUUCGGUGAGCGUUCGUUUUUGUCUGGCCGAGUGGAUUUCGGCCUGACAGAGUUUUGAAUGCUUUCUGGCUAGCAGACGAGAAAAAGAAACAAUGGUCGCUCGCCGCCAUCACUGUGGGGACUCGACGGAUUGCAACCCGUUCGCUUGAGCGCAACCUCUCCGGAAAGUCUUGUAGGGGGGGGCUUGGGAUUCUGUGAUCUGUGACUGCGCAACAUAUUUAUUUGCCCUGUUUGACGCAUUAUAUGCAGCAACCUUUUCUUAGAUACGCAUAUUUAUUGGAGACCUUUACGUAUACUUAGAUAUCUUGUUGCGAUGUUCUGUGUAUACGUGCAGUGAACUUUGUUACCAGUGACACUUUUUUUUGCCCUUUAUCAAGCUGUAUCUUCGCAUUUGUAUAUUCCAUUGUGUCUUCGCAUUUCUAAUAUACGAGAGCGAGUCAAAUGGAAGUUAGCCAACACACUCCGCGCAAUAAUGAUUCGGUCCAUUAUCUGCGAGGCACGCGCGUAGCACACAGGCAUCUCUGAUUUACAAAAGUGACACGGUGGUGUGAGGAUAAAGGUUCUUUAAUGCUCUCAUACACUGGGAUGAACAUGGUUGCGUGACAUAAUGGACGCUGCAAAAGUUGAACAGCGUGGUGUCGUGAGGUUUUUGACAGCUGAAGGUGUUUCCCAAAAAGAAAUUAGUCACCGUAUGGCUGCCGUGUAUGGUGAACAUUGCAUUUCACAGGCCACUGUGAAGCGUUGGAGCAAACGGUUCAACGAAGGACGUGAAAGUUGCAAAGGCGAUCCACGACCGGGUCAAAGCCAUCGUGCAAUCACGCCCGACACAAUUGCAGAGGUACAUGAGCUGAUUAGACAAGAACGGAGGAUAAGAUCCGAUGAGCUGGAAGAGUGCGUGAACAUCAGUCACGGUUCGGUUCACGCCGUAAAUCAUGAACAUCUCGGUUAUCGGCUCUUUUGUGCGCAAUGGAUGCACAAGAUUUUGAACCACCACCAGAAGACGGAGAGGUUCGGCGCUACCUUGACUCAUCUGAUCCAGUAUCACAAUGAGGGUGACGACUUCUUGUCUGCAAUUGUGACCGGGGACGAAUCGUGGUACCACUACUACAAGCCUGACACAUGACGGAAAAGCUUAAAGCAGAAGCAUUCGGACUCACCACCACCAAAGAAUGCAAAGGCCGUCAUUUUCUCCGGAAAGGUGCUGUUGACUUCUUUUUUUAGAUCGUCAGGGGCCAUUGCUGAUCGAAUUUGCUAAAGCUGGAGAGGCUAUCAAUCGUUUCCGAUAUUGUGAAAUGCUCGAUCGGCUGUGUGUCUCAAGAACAAACGACGUGGAAAAUUGUCGAAUGAAGUCGUCUUGCUCGACGACAAUGCCCGUCCACACGUCACUGAUGUGUUUAAUACAAAAGUGGCAAAGUUCAAGUGGGAAACGCUGCAACAUUUGCUAUACAGCCCAGACCUCUCACCCUGCGACUUCCACAUUUUGGGCAAUCGAAAGAACAGCUCAAGGGAAACAGAUUCAAAUCGGACGAUGAUGUGAAACUGUCAGUUAAACUUUUACAAGCAGGAACCCAAGGAGUUUUAUGAGACGGGAAUCACGCGAAUGGCUAGUUAGUGGGACAAACGUCUAAACGCACAUGGAGACUACUCUUGAAUAACGUACCCCGUUUGUCAUAUAUUCGCAUUUGCUCACUUUCAUUUGACUCGCCCUUGUAUAUUUCGCAGAACACCUGCUUUUUAUGUAUGCUCCCUGUUCCGACUAUAAUUUUGAUGCAAUUACAUUACACAACCGGUGACAGCUGCUCCUGCGCAAUACAUUGGAACAAAAGAGAGCGUCAUUGGGAUUUUUCCCUUGCCGUUGCAUAUGUACAAAAAUGUAAACAAGGUUCUUGAAUGACAAAGCUUCACUAAAAUAUUUGUCCUCAACUUGUUCAUUUCAUGGCCUUUACAUUUUUCAUAUCAGCGGCAUGCACUGCUUUGCUGGUUUCGAACUGAUACAGUUCUAAAAUUCAUGUGAUAUUUUCUUCACUUAUUCAAUAGACAAAAAACACGGAAGCAUUGAUAUCAGUUUUUAGAAUAAAAACAAGAACAGCGCCACACAGGACGAGCGAGUAAACAGGACAGAGCGCUGACUAGCAACCAUAUGCUUUAUUUGCACAAGCGGCAUAUAAAGACAUCAUGAAUGUGACAAAGAACAUAAGAAGGAGGAUAACAAGAAUAACCAUCAGUCAAGAAGAUAAUCAAGUUCUUUGUUGAGAGCGUCAGGGACGCAGAACUGACGCACGCGUCGCCACUUUUGAUUAUGCAAAAUGCUUCAAAGAUUUCCCGUGCACGCUUUUCACUAUGUCUGCCAAUUACUUCACAAUUCUUAAAUAUCGGGGUGCAACCACCCAUGUCACAGAUGACUGUGUGGGUUUUAAUAAUAAUAUUUGGGCUUUUACGUGCCAAAACCACAUUCUGAUUAUGAGGCACGCCGUAGUGGAGGACUCCGGAAAUUUUGACCACCUGGGGUUCUUUAACGUGCACCUAAAUCUAAGCACACGGGUGUUUUCGCAUUUCGCCCCCAUCGAAAUGCGGCCGCCAUGGCCGGGAUACGAUCCCGCGACCUCGUGCUCAGCAGCCCAACACCAUAGCCACUGAGCAACCACGGCGGGUAUGUGUGGGUUUUCUUUUAGUGAAGCGGCAUGCUCGCACAGGCGAUCAUUAAUGCACCUCCCCGUUUGCCCGAUAUAGCAGCGUUUACGAUCAAGCGGGAUUUCAUAGACGACCUGCGUUGUACAGUCAAUAAAGCCGCGAACAUGAUUCUCAUAGCAGCUUUUGCGCGCGACAGUAUCCUCCCUAUAGACUAAUUUGCACAACCCGCUCAGUUUAUUAAGGGCAUUGCACACCACCCUCACUCCUGCCUUGGCCGCAAUCUUCAUAAUGUUGUGGGAAACAUGGUGUACAUAAGGAAUGACGGCAAGCCUAGAUCUCGAAGGCGAUGACUGCAUAGUUUGCUUUCCGGCGUUCUUUAACUAUUUUACAAGGCCACCAGCAACACUGCACAACACGCUGGUCGGGUAGCCUGCUGAUGUUAUUCUGUUGACUUGCGCUGAAAAGCUCUGUUCAACAGAGUGCUCACACGAGCGCUUCAGAGCAGCUCGCAAACAUGCCUCAGCGAUGCCUCCUCACGCUCUCAACAAAAAAGCUUGAUUAUCUUCUUGACUGACGGUUAUCCUUCUGAUCCUCCUUUUUAUGUUCUUUGUCACAUUCAUGAUGUCUUUAUAUGCUGCUUAUGCAAAUAAAGCAUUUUCUGUCCUGUUUG